GGUAAAAUCCACGGAGCGAAAAGUUCGAGAUUGAUUGCUCUAUUGUUUUGGAAGCGUAUUCCUAGAAAGGCUCCAAAGGCUAGUGAGAAUAAUAUGUUCAAUCUAAGUAACUCGUUCGCAUUUCGCCGAGAAGCAGCACAAGCCAAACUCUUGGAAAUCAUGGAAUGGGGUUUUAGUGAUGACUCCUACAAAGGAAGACCUUUCCAGUUUCAUUCGUUGAUAGAUAACACAUCUUCUAGGGGAACUUCCGGGCCUCUUUGGUACCUGAAAGACAAGAAUUUUGGCCGCAGAGAUGAUUUUCCCAUGGAUACUAGACUAGUUAGACCCAAUGGAGAUGUUGCGAGUUUGGAAUACGUACAAGUAGGUUCUAAGCGCUUUGAGAAGUUUUGGGAGGAGUUUGUAUUUUCCGCAAACAGCAAAUAGUAUUGAAUAAACGAGAGGUUAUAGUUCCUGUUA